CUCAGAAACUUUGAUCCUUUUCUGCUGCUGGAUGAGUUUAAAGGGAAGGCACCUGCUGGGUUUCCUGAUCAUCCACACCGUGGCUUUGAAACUGUAACCUACAUGUUGUGUGGUGAGACAGUACACCAGGACUUCAUGGGCCACAAGGGACGAUAUUCAAGCCGGAGACCUGCAGAAGAAGCCCAAGGACUUCAGCUGUGGGUCAACCUUAAGAGAGCAGAUAAGAUGAUCCCGCCUUCUUAUCAGGAGCUCUUAGACAAAGAUAUCCCGAAGGGUGAAAAAAACGGUGUCAAGGUCAAGGUCAUUGCUGGAGAGGCUUUUGGCAUCAAAUCUCCAGUCUAUACACGAACUCCUACAACUUACCUGGACUUUAAAAUGUCAGCUGGCUCACAGUUAGAACAGCCUGUCCCAAAAGAUUGGAACGCUUUCGUUUACAUCCUUUCAGGAGAAGCUUGGUUUGGUCCUGCUGGCAGUGAGAAGCUGUGUAAAGCACAGCACACUACAGUUUUCAAUAAUGAUGGAGAAGUAGUCCGUGCACAAAAUAAGGGAUCAGAGGUGUGUCACUUUGUGCUGAUUGCUGGGCAACCAAUCGGGGAACCUGUUGUACAACAUGGUCCAUUUGUGAUGACCACUCAGGAAGAAAUCAGACAGGCCUUCGUUGAUUACCGAAGUGGACAGAAUGGAUUUGAGAAUGCCUUAAGCUGGAGUUCGGAUGCAGUAAAAUAA